CGCGCACAGUGCUGGAUACCCAGGACCCGCUCCAGGACUCGGGAGAGGCACUCGCCUUCCCACCAUUCCCUGUUCAGUCUCUGAGGAGCAAGACCUUUCUCCGCCAGGUCUCACCCUCCUGACGCGCAUCACGGGGCGUGUACCUGUCUAGGCUUUCUCGUGGGCACCGGCGGCCUGGACGCGCAAGGAGCUGCCCACGCGCCCCACAGUCCCACUUUUCCCAGGCUGGCACCCCGCUGGCCGGAGGUUCCUGGCAUUCCAUCCCGAUGGGGGCUUUUUGAGACGUUGGGAGGCAUACAGGGCCGGCAUCCUAAGCUUCGUUUUCACAUGGGGAAACCGAGGCGCACCAUCACAGGGCUACCACCCUGGUUCCAGCUGCCGUCCUCUUUCGCCUGGAUCUCUGCAAUAGCCUCCUUACUGGUCUCCCCGUUGCCACCCUUGGCCCCCUGCAGUUGAUUCUCUACGAAGCAGUCAGAGCUAUCCUUUUAAAACAAUACCAGGCCGCUUGGGGGAGCAUCAUUGUCUCUUUGGAUUGCUUUUGGAUCCCAAGUGUCACGGACAAUGCCUGAUAUAUAGCAGAUAUCACUUGAAUGCCAGGACCUCGGAGGCACAGAAGAUCCCGUGGUGGAUAAAAGUGUUAUAGUCUCCGCCCUCGUGGAGGUCAAAACCCAAGAUGGAAAAGACAAAAAGCAAGAAAACAAUGAUUAAAUAAAAUAAUUACACAAUGUGGUGGGUACCAUGAAGGAAAUCAACAUGGUGAUGGGAUCUGGAGUAACCUGGGGCCUUCUCUGAGAAGUUUAAGCUGAGCCCUGGAGGAUGAAAAGGAACCAGACUUGGCGAGAACCAGGGGAAGAGCAUUCUUGGUGUGGGGAACCGCAAGUGCAAAGGCCCUGUGGCAGAAAAGAGAUGCCACACUCAGGAGCAACAUCUGCUAUAAGAAGAUGCAGAAGACAUGGAGCCAUCAGAAAAAUCACUGUCAAUAGAGCCUCAGUGAAGAUUUUCCCCAGAGUGGACGUCCCUGAUGGGUGGCUGGUAGUCCUGGGUGCUUUGCUUGGACUGAAGCAUUUCUUUUUUUAGGCUUUACCACGUGCCAGACCUUGUGCAAAGCAGGGUGAGGGACGUAAAGAUGGAUGCGCACCAGAAGCCCAUGGCCAAGUAGAGGAAAGAGGAUCUACCAAGAACUGCAAGGCUGACUCUAAGAGAGCACAGGCUCCGGACGCGCAGGCUCAGUGGCCAUGGCUCACGGGCCCAGCCGCUCCGUGGCGUGUGGGAUCUUCCCGGACCAGGGCACGAGCCCGUGUGCCCUGCAUCAGCAGGCGGACUCUCAACCACUGCGCCACCAGGGAAGCCCUGAUGAGGAAACUGAAACACAAAGAGGUUGAGCAACUUGCCCAAGAGCAUAUGACAACUCAGUGCUUGUACUGGGAUUCAGGCCCAGGCAGUCUGCUCCAGGAACAUGCCCUCACCCACCUGGCUAUUCUCCAGUGUUAUGUCUACAUGCCAAGCCAGAGGCAUUUUCAAAGAUGAGAGUACGCGGGCCUCUCACUGUUGUGGCCUCUCCCGUUGGGGAGCACAGGCUCCGGAUGCGCAGGCUCGGUGGCCAUGGCUCACGGGCCCAGCCGCUCCGUGGCAUGUGGGAUCCCGGCAUGAACCCGCGUCCCCUACAUCGGCAGGCGGACUCUCAACCACUGCACCACCAGGGAAGCCCCAGCAAAAACGUCUUCUAAUUCAGUCCUUAAAAGUGAAACAACCAAACCACUUCAGCCAAAGCACUUUGCAAUGAGGAAAAUGGAGGUAAAGUAAGAGACUUUCACAAGGUCAUCUAGCUAUUACGCAGCCAAGUCCGGAUGUGCACUCGGUAGAUGGUGGUUGAUGUUGGAAUAACAGCCCGAUCCUGGACCUGUACGAGGGGCAGGAUGAAGCAUGCGGACCGGUGGACACCUACCUGGGCGAGCAGUGCACAGUCUCGGCCAGCGACUGUUACCGCCCGGCGCGGGUGGCUCGGGGACUGAGCCUCCGACUGGCUACUCCCAGCUAGCUUCUCUAGGGGCGCGAAAGUCCCGCCCCCAGCCGAGGAGAAGGCAGGGAUUGGCUCUCUCGAUGCCGAUUGAUGGCUCAGGGCUCGAGCGGCAGCCGCGGUGGAGGCGGGGCCACGAGCAGGAAGUGAGAGUGGAGGCGGCUCCAGACAGGCUGGCCAGCGGGCAGCUGCCGCCACUUUGCCGAGUCGCCGCCGCCACUGCGGAGAUGGAGGGGCCGGGACUGGGCUCGCAGUGCAGGAAUCACAGCCACAGCCCCCACCCUCCAGGAUUUGGUCCACGCGAAGUCUGUGCACAUGAAAACAAAGAACUUGCCAAGGCGAGAGAAGCUCUUCCUCUUAUAGAGGAUUCUAGUAACUGUGACAUUGUAAAAGCUACUCAAUAUGGGAUUUUUGAACGAUGUAAAGAGUUGGUGGAAGCAGGAUAUGAUGUCAGGCAACCAGACAAAGAAAAUGUGUCGCUUCUUCAUUGGGCUGCUAUUAACAACAGGCUGGAUCUUGUAAAGUUUUAUAUUUCGAAAGGUGCUGUGGUAGAUCAGUUGGGCGGAGAUUUAAAUUCAACUCCUCUUCACUGGGCCAUCAGACAAGGGCAUUUACCUAUGGUCAUAUUAUUACUGCAGUAUGGUGCAGACCCCACUCUUAUCGAUGGAGAGGGAUUCAGCAGCAUCCACCUGGCAGUGUUAUUUCAACACAUGCCCAUUAUAGCAUAUCUCAUCUCAAAAGGACAGAGUGUGAAUAUGACAGAUGUAAAUGGGCAGACACCUCUCAUGUUAUCAGCUCACAAAGUACUUGGGUCAGAACCAACUGGAUUUCUCUUAAAGUUUAAUCCCUCUCUCAAUGUAGUUGACAAAAUACACCAAAACACUCCACUUCACUGGGCAGUUGCCGCAGGAAAUGUUAAUGCCGUUGAUAAACUCUUGGAAGCUGGUGCUAGCCUGGAUAUCCGAAAUGUUAAGGGAGAAACCCCUCUUGAUAUGGCUGCGCAAAACAAAAAUCGGCUCAUUAUUCAUAUGCUAAAAUCAGAGGCCAAAAUGCGAGCCAACAAAAAUUUCAGACUUUGGAGGUGGCUGCAGAAGUGCGAGCUCUUCCUGCUGAUGAUGCUUUCUGUGAUUACCAUGUGGGCUGUUGGAUACAUAUUGGACUUCAGUUCAGAUUCUUGGCUUUUAAAAGGAUUUCUUCUAAUAGUAUUGUUUUUUCUGACAUCUUUGUUUCCAAGGUUCUUGGUCGGGUAUAAGAGCCUUAUGUACUUACCAACAGUCUUUUUGCUGAGUUCCAUUUUUUGGAUAUUUGUGACUUGGUUCAUCUUCUUUGUUCCUGAUUUAGCAGGCACCAUUUUCUAUUUCGUUUUCAUUCUCAGCCUAGUAGCCUUCCUCUACUUUUUCUACAAGACUUGGGCAACUGAUCCAGGCUUCACUAAGGCUUCCGAAGAAGAAAGGAAGAUGAAUAUCAUCACCCUUGCAGAGACCGGCUGUCUGGAUUUCAGAACAUUUUGUACAUCAUGUCUUAUAAGGAAGCCAUUACGGUCACUCCACUGCCAUGUGUGCGACUCCUGUGUGGCUCGGUAUGAUCAACAUUGCCUGUGGACUGGACGGUGCAUCGGUUUUGGCAACCAUCAUUAUUACAUAUUCUUCUUAUUUUUCCUUUCCAUCGUGUGUGACUGGAUUAUAUAUGAAUCUUUCAUCUAUUGGUCAAAUCAUUGUGUCACAACAUUCAAAGCAGAUGGACUGUGGACCUACCUCAAUCAGAUCGUGGCCUGUUCCCCUUGGGUCGUAUAUAUCUUCACGUUAGCAACUUUCCAUUUCUCAUGGUCAACAUUUUUAUUACUAACUCAGCUCUUUCAGAUUGCUUUUCUGGGCCUUACCUCUCAUGAGAGAACCAGCCUGCUGAAGCAGAGCAGGCACAUGAAACAGACAUUGUCCCUCAGGAGGACCCCAUACAACCUUGGGUUCACACAGAACCUCGCGGAUUUCUUUCAGUGUGGCUGCUUUGGCUUGGUCAAGCCCUGUGCAGUAGACUGGACGUCACAGUACACCAUGGUCUUUCACCCAGCUAAGGAGAAGGUUCUUCGCUCAGUGUGAAGAAAAGCAACCCACAGCUCUCACUCUGAUUUGUUUGUAUUUAUGUUGAUGCCCUGUGGUCUGCAAGUGCAGUGAAGAUUUAGAGUUCACCUAAUCCCAAAGGAAAACACAGGUGGUUUUUAAAGCAUUUGGUAAAAACAGAAGUUCUCGAGAAAGGCUUACACUUUUUCAGACUUAGUAAGAUGGACUGUUUCUGAACAAUCUUGGCAGACAUCUAAAAAAAAAAACUUUUAUAUUUUUCACAAGAAAAUGCAAGUUCCUUUUUUUUUUUUUUUUUGGAGAUAAUAUUCACCAAUUACGGAGAAAAUGUGGUAUUUUCAGAUACUUUUAUUGGCUGUUUCAAAAUAGUAUUAUUCUUUAAACUUGUAAUUUUUGAUAAAUUAUUUGUCUUUGUUUUAUCUAUAAAUAUGUAAAAAAAUAUUUAAAUAGAUGUACCUGUUUUGCUUUCACACUUAAUAAAAUUUUUUUUUUGUAGUUGA